GUCUGGGGCUGGCAGUCCACCUGUCCCAGGAACUGCCUGAGCCCACAGAUUUUUGGGGGGCAGCGACCAGGACACGGACCGCCAUGGCUCGGACACGCAGGCUGGGCCUGCUGCUGGCGCUGCUGUUGCCCGUGGUCGGCGCCUCCAUGCCGAGCACCGUGGUCAGACUCAACAAGGCGAUGCUGAGCUACGUGUCUGAAUCAGGAAAAGCCCCUCUCCAGCGGGCCAUGCAGGUCACUGUCCCGCAUUUCCUGGACCGGAGUGGAGAGGUGCUUCGGCCCACCAGGGUCCAGAUUCUGAAUGUCCAGGUGCUCCGCCUUCAGCUGAAAUUCGUUGAUGGUGUUGGGGUACGGUUGUUCGCAGCAGCCAAUUUUACUAUCAAGGUCUUUCGAGUCCCAGAGCCCCUGGAGCUGAUCCUGCCCGCGGUGCUGCAGGCGGAUGCCCGUGUGGACCAGGGCUCCAUCGGGACGCCCGUGGUCAGCAUCUCCUCCUGCUUCUCACUCUUCAACAAAGCCAUCGUGUUAGACGGCGGUCACAGUGCGCCCCCUGAGCUGCUGGUCCGGGUGCAGAAACACAUCAGAGCCGUCCUGUACAACAAGCUGUGUCUGAGCGUCUCCAACCUCGUGCAGGGCCUCAAUGUCCACCUGGGAACUUUAAUUGGCCUGAAGCCUGUGGGUCCCGAGUCCCAGAUCCGCUACUUCAUGGUCAGUAAGCCCAACAUCACUGAGGACUACAUUUCCUUGGAUAUCAACGCGGUUCUCUUCCUUCUGGGCAAGCCCAUCGUCCUGCCCGUGGAUGCCACCCCCUUCAUGCUGCCAGAGCAUGUGGGCACCAAUGGUGCCAUGGCAACCGUGGGCCUCUCCCAGGACAUGUUUGACUCUGCCCUCCUGCUGCUGCAGAAGGCUGGUUCCCUCAACAUGGACAUCACAGGACAGCUGAAGUCGGAUGACAACCUGCUGAACACCUCUGUGCUGGGCCAGAUCAUCCCCGAGGUGGCCCGUCAGUUCCCUGAGCCCAUGCCCGUGGUGCUCAAGGUGCGGCUGGGCGGCACGCCCGUGGCCACACUCCACACCAACAACGCUACCCUGCGGCUGCAGCCCUUCGUGGAGGUCCUGGCCUCGGCCUCCAACUCCGCUUUCCAUUCCCUUUUCUCCCUCGAUGUGGCAGUAAACCUUAGCCUGCAGCUCUCCGUGUCCAAGGUGAAGCUUCAGGGGACCACAUCUGUGUUGGGGGACGUCAAGCUCACGGUAGCCUCCUCCAAUGUGGGCUUCAUUGACACGGAUCAAAUACACGCACUCUUGGGCAACGUGUUUGAGAAGCCCCUGCUGGACCACCUCAAUGCUCUCUUGGGCAUGGGGGUUGCCCUUCCCAACGUGGUCAACCUCCACUACGUCACUCCCGAGGUCUUUGUCCACAAGGGCUACGUGGUGAUAUCCAGUGGACUCUUCUACCAGAACUGAGGCAGGACCACUGGGAGGGCUGAGUGGGCCAGCUGUUUGCCCUGGCGACUCUCUUGCCUCAAGCCACUCAGGAAACCGAGGCAAAGCCACACUUAGUCCUCUCCAGCCAGCUGGAUGGCCCAGGCGGGGUUGU